CCGAAUGGUGGGGACAAGAUAUUCGAAUAGCUCGACCGUUAGUCUCACUAGUCGGUUAACAGUUUCCUUCGUGAUAAUCAGCAGAGCGGUGAUAAAGAUCAUUAUACCGGAUUUAUUCAAGAGUGCAUCUCAACAUGCCACCUAAAUUGGAAUUAAUUGCCGCAGCAUGCGAAAAUAUGGGCAUUGGAGUAAAUGGCAAUUUGCCUUGGCAUUUAAAGGCAGAAAUGGCGUACUUCACGCAUAUGACGAUUAACACAAGGAACAAAAAUAAAAGGAACGUCGUACUUAUGGGUCGGCGCACAUGGGAGUGCAUCCCUGAAAAGUAUCGACCUCUGAAGGACCGAAUAAAUAUGGUGUUAACUUCGCAAUCAUUGAAUUAUGGAGAUGACGCGAUAGCAUGUAAAAGUAUACUACACGCGCUUGACGUAAUUUCAGAAAUGCAGAAUGAAGUAGAAAGAGUAUGGGUAAUAGGAGGAAGUAGCGUGUACAAGAGUGCCAUGGAAUCUCCGCACUUUGGACGAUUGUAUUUGACGCGUAUAAAGAAAAAAUUUGAAUGUGAUACGUUCUUUCCUUCUAUUCCAAACGAUCUCGUGUUAAUCGAGGAUUCAACGGUACCACAAGGUAUACAGGAAGAAAAAGGAAUUGAAUUUGUAUAUGAAGUGUAUGAAAGAAGAUAAAACUAUUUCUUUCAAACUAAAUUAAAAUGUAUUUUUGUUGUAAA